ACUACGUGUUCCUCUGCAGCAGGGACAGGCCCAGCAGUCUUCUGCCUCCAAAGCGGGGAGGAUGAGGAGGAAGACGAAGGUGCAGCCGAUGGCCUCCCUCUGGGCGCAGACAGCUUGGCUUCUUCAGAUGCUGAGUCUGAUCUCCUCUUGGGCAUUUUGGACAGUCUGGAUCCAGACCUGUUCCUGCACUACAGCAACUCAGAGGGAGCCUACUUUGAGAAGCUGCAGCAGGAAGUGUGUGGAGAAGCAGCUGGUCCCUUACCAGCCUCCCCCAGUCCCUCUCUGGGGCCCACACCACCCAAGCUGGACACCAUUAAUGAACUGAUCCGCUUCGAUCACGAGUACACCAAGCCGUUCUUCCUGGAGAUCAUAUCGGAAGCGGCCAGCCAGACUGGCAAGCUGAUGGAGGAAGUGGUGGCUUCUCCUCCCCUGCAAGCCCCCAUCUCCGUGAAGGAGGAGCCUGCAGAUACGCUUUUGCCUGAUCUGGGCCUCUCCCACCUGCUCUCCUCAGACCAGAGGCCUCCCUCGCUGCUGGAUGCAGCCAGCGACUCAGGCUAUGAAGGCUCACCCUCUCCAUUCAGUGACCUGUCCUCUCCUGUGGACACAGACUGCAGCUGGGAGGAGGCUUUUGCCAAGGAGCUCUUUCCCCAGCUGAUUAGCGUGUGACACACGCUCAGCUUCUGGACCGCACUCAGAUGGACAGGGUCUUUUGAAAGAACAUCCCUCUUGAAAGUGUUUCAUCUGAACCUUAAGUAUUGCUUCCUUUUUUGUAUGUUGCCUCUGCCCGGCACUUUCCUAAUUGAGGUGUUCCAUAGCCCUUCCAAGAAAUGAAACUGCCACUGAGUCAGCCUUGCCGGAAGGAAAGGAUCCUGCUUAGGAAGAAAUUGCUAACCCCUCUCAGCAGCUUUCCCUCAACAUGUAAAUAAAUGGGGGUGGGGGGUUGAAAUAUUGUGUAAAUAUACACAUAUUACUUUUUUGAAAGUUAUUUUCCUGCAGCAUAUUUAAAAUUUUGCUGUAAUUAAAAUGCAGAGCAAGUGA